UGUGAAGUGAAUGAAAAUUCUCAAAUCUUUUUCAGUAGCUGCAAGAUGUGUGGUGCAGGGAGACCCACAUUACACGACGUUUGAUGGGCUCUAUUACGACUUCAUGGGCGCGUGCAUCUACACAACAGCCAAGCUGUGCAACAUCUCCUCCUCCCUGCCCCACUUCAACGUGGAGACUAAAAACGAGCGCCUCAACCCAAGCAUAUCUGUGCUCCAAGAUGUUUACGUGGACGUAUUCGGACACAGGAUAACCAUGACUACACAUCACAUCCUACUGUUGGAUGGGGAGCGGGUGACGCCCCCACUGGUGUUACCGGGGAUGCACGUGUCUCUGAGCGGCUCAUACCUUGUGCUCAUGACCAACUUCAGCCUCACAGUUCGUUUCGAUGGGUACUAUCAAGUUGUGGUGUCUGUACCAAUGGAGUACGCUGGGCAGCUCUGUGGACUCUGCGGAAACUUUAAUGGUGAUAUUGAUGAUGACUUACUCAUGCCAAAUGGGUCAUUGGCUGCUUCCGAAACCAAGCUGGGAAACAGUUGGAUAUCAGAUAACAGCUCAGCUGACUGCGACGUUGACUUUGAGCCUCCAGGUCCCUGUGAUGCAGAAGAACAGGCUAAGUUUGAAUCGGAGGAAUUUUGUGGAAAGAUACAUGAUGUCAAUGGAGCAUUCCAAGAGUGCCAUGCAGUGGUCAAUCCAGAGCAGUUUUUCAUCACCUGCGUUCUUGACCAGUGCUGGAUGGAUGGGAACGAGCAGUUCCUCUGUGCCUCCAUGCAGACCUACGCUGACCAGUGUGCCCAGCAUGGGGUCAUCAUCAUGUGGAGGAACGACACCUUCUGCCCGCUCGAAUGCCCUGCAGACAGCCACUAUGAGAGCUGUGCCCCACCGUGCCCAGCCACGUGCAGAAAUGUGACCCUCCCAGGUGCCUGCCAGCAGCCCUGUGGGGAGGGCUGUGUCUGUGAUGAGGGUUUUGUCUUCUCAGGAGACAAGUGUGUCGCUCAAGAUCAGUGUGGCUGCAUGGACCACAACGACCUCUAUCACCCGCUUGGGGACAGCUGGUUUGCAACACAGAACUGCAGUCUGCAUUGCUCUUGUGGCGAUGCUGGAGGCGUGGUCUGUGAGCCCUGGCAGUGUGGAGUCUCCGAGAUCUGCAGUGUGCAGAAUGGAAGCCUGGGCUGUCACAGCGAUGAUACCACAACAGUUUCACCGCCAACAACAACUGCUCCUCCAAGCAUAAUGCCUGGAAACUGCAUCGUGCAUGGAGAUCCGCACUACGUCACAUUUGAUGGGCUCUCAUUGGCAUUCAUGGGAACGUGCACCUACACAACAGCUAAGCUGUGCAACAGUUCGUCUCAUCUGCCCUACUUCAAUGUGGAAACAACCAACGAGUAUCGCAACCAGGGCUCCAUCUCAUUUGUCAGAGAAGUUCACACAGAAGUCUAUGGACAAAACAUCACCUUGUCCUUGGGUCGUACCCUUCUGCUGAAUGAGGAGCUGGUGACGCCCCCACUGGUGUUGCCAGGGCUGCAUGUCUCUCUGAGUGGCUCAUACCUCGUGCUCAUGACUGACUUUAAUCUGAUUGUUCGAUUCAAUGGAGACAAUCGGGCGGAAGUAACUGUGCCAAGAGAGUACGCAGAGGAGCUUUGUGGCAUCUGUGGAAACUUUAAUGGUGACCGUACUGAUGAAUAUCUGAUGCCCGAUGGGACGCAAGCUUCUUCACCAACUGAGCUGGGAAACAGUUGGAAAACAGACAACAGCUCCGCCUACUGUGACGCUCCACCUCCACCUCCCUGUGAUGAAGAUGAGCAAGCAGAGUUUGAAACAGGGGCAUUCUGUGGAAUCAUCACAGAUGUGAAUGGAUUGUUCACAGAGUGCCAUGCAGUGGUCAAUCCAGAGGAGCUGUUCACCAGCUGCGUGCUUGACCAGUGCUGGACAUAUGGGGACAAGGGCACCCUUUGUGGCUCCCUUCAGGCCUAUGCUGAUGAGUGCGCGGAAAAUGGCAUCGUCAUCAUGUGGAGGAACGCCACCUUUUGUCCGCUCGAAUGCCCUGCAGACAGCCACUAUGAGAGCUGUGCCCCACCGUGCCCAGCCACGUGCAGCAAUGUGACCCUCCCAGGUGCCUGUCAGCAGCCCUGUGGGGAGGGCUGUGUCUGUGAUGAGGGUUUUGUCUUCUCAGGAGACAAGUGUGUCCCUCAAGAUCAGUGUGGCUGCCUGGACCGCAACGACCUCUAUCACCCGCUUGGGGAUCACUGGUUUGGAACACAGAACUGCAGUCUGCAUUGCUCCUGUGUCAGUGUGGGAGAUGUGGUCUGUGAUCCCUGGCAAUGUGGAGCUAAUGAGAUCUGUAAUGUGCAGAAUGGCACUCUGGGCUGUCAUGAUAUUGAAACGUCAAGUUCCCCAAGCACAUGCAUACCAGCUCCAAAACCAGAACCGCAUCUCAGCUGUGACUUUGACGAUGAGGAAUCCCCGUUGUGCAGCUGGGUGCAACUCAGUGCCGAUGCUGCGGACUGGAUCAGCCACUCAGGAGAAACUCCAAACCCUUUUACUGGACCAAGCGGUGAUCACACCACAGGCUCGACCUCCUACAUCUACAUGGACUCAAUAACCCUCGUCUCUAGAGGAGCAGUGCGACUUCAGAGCCCCAGCAUUAACUCCCACCAAAAUAUCUGCCUGAGCUUCUGGUACCACAUGUAUGGCGACAACCUGAUGACGCUAAACGUGUACGUCCUGGACGACGACAUAGAGACGGACGUUUGGAACGUCGUGGGGCAGCAGAGCAGCGCCUGGUUGCAGGGAUCCAUUACCAUCCAAGCCACGGCCAGCAGUCAGAUCAUCAUAGAGGGAGUUAGCGGAUUCACAAAAUCAAGUGACAUAGCCCUGGAUGACAUCAUGGUAAUAGCAGGAAAAUGUGCAGGUGAGCACACAAUAUCAGCAUUCACUACAUCCAUACAGUAGCCAGUGUUCUCAUGUAUUGGGCGGUUCUGAAAUCCAUUAAUGGUCCUGGAUUUAGUAGUGUAAAUUCCACUUUCCUAUGGUAAUGGUCAUUAUAUCCAUUGGACAACCACUGUUGAUUUCCCUGCAAAAGUAUGUCAGCCUAACCAGGUGGGGCUCAUUUCACUGGCUCUAGUAGGAUGACGAGGCGGAUAGUGUGAUGAUGAUGGGGUUGAGGUGAUAUUAACCAAUAAUUUAACUCACGAUUGGGACCUUGUCAACUGUGAUUUGCUCACUGACAUUUAAAAUUAAAUAGAUAUGCAUGCAUUUUUAAAAAUAAAAUAUUGUUUGCGCAACAUUUCCAUUUACACAAGCCCAAUUGUAUUUCCUCUGCUGGGAAGGUUACUGUUCAUGAUAACGGUAAAGUGUGUGUUUUUACACCUGUGCUAUUGCUGAGUUUUAUUGAAGGAUUUGCACAAUUCCAGAAUCUUAAUUACUAAAAUAAACGUAGACAAUGCAUUUUUAGUGAUUGUAAUGACCAACUUUCCAUUUUCCCCAUUUUCCAAACGCAACAGUGUGUGUGAGCGGGUGUGAUUUUGACAAGGACGAGGGUCUGUGUCAAUGGCGCAACAGCGAAGAGGAUGAUGGAGACUGGGAGCUGUGGCUUGGACAGACAGAUGCAGAGGGCACGGGGCCCGAUGACGACUUCACUCGACCUGGCUGUUUGUACCUUUCGUCAAAUUUACAAUUUACACGAAGCUCUAAGAUGAAUGGAUAAUCAGACCACACAAUCUGUAAAGCUAUCACCCCAACAGUUGGGAAAGAACCAUCUGAGGACCCAAUCAAAACCAUUACCUUGCCAUACGU